AUUAUAACAUAACCUAUUUUAUAGUAUUUAUGUUAGAGGAGAGGAAAAACCUUAGAAUAUAGAUACAUUAUUAAUGUUCUAAGGGAAAAACAAAUUUUUAAUUCAAAUAAUUUAUCUAUCUUACGAAAUAAUGGAUUGCAGUAGAGCUUGUGGCAACAAAGCAGUUUUGAAGAGACCAAAAAGUGGGCAUAAAUUAUGCAAGGAGUGUUUUUUCGAAGCCUUUGAAGAUGAAAUUCAUUUCACCAUUACCGAAGCUAAGUUAUUCAGACCUGGUAGCACCGUAGCUGUAGCUGCUUCUGGUGGAAAAGAUUCAACUGUUUUAGCUUAUGUUUUGAAGCAAUUGAAUAAAAAGUACAAUUAUAAUUUGAAAUUUGUACUAUUGUCUAUAGAUGAAGGUAUUACAGGUUACAGAGACGACAGUCUGGAAACUGUUAAGCAAAACAGGGAUGAUUAUGAAAUGCCGUUAAAAGUUCUUUCAUAUAAGGAUUUAUACGGAUGGACUAUGGAUGAAAUUGUUUCAGAGAUUGGAAAAAAAAAUAAUUGUACAUUUUGUGGAGUGUUCAGGAGGCAAGCCCUAGACAGAGGAGCACAUUUAUUGAAAGUGGAUUAUCUCGCUACUGGUCACAAUGCUGAUGACAUUGCUGAAACAGUUUUAAUGAACAUUUUAAGAGGGGACUUGGCUAGAUUGAGCAGAUGUACAUCGAUUAUUACGGACAGCGGAGAUGGUAUACCAAGGGUGAAACCUUUGAAAUAUGCAUAUGAAAAAGAAAUUGUAAUGUAUGCAUAUUUCAAAAAAUUAGUAUAUUUCUCUACAGAAUGUACUUUCUCGCCAAAUGCUUAUAGGGGACAUGCAAGAGUGUUACUUAAAGAUCUAGAGAAGUUAGACCCUAGUGUUAUCAUGAAUAUCAUACACUCUGGAGAAUCUUUGAAAGUAAAUAAGACUUCCAAAAUGCCAACUCAACAAAACUGCACAAGGUGUGGAUAUGUGUCUUCUCAAGAUAUUUGUAAAGCUUGUAUAUUAUUGGAAGGAUUGAACACAGGACAACCUACAUUAGGCAUUGGAAAAUCAAGCAAAGUGAAGAAAGCACUUGCUGAAAAUGAAAACAAGAAUUGUUGUGGUGGAAAAGGAAAUUGUAACAAUGUUAAAAGUUAACUAAAACAAAUAAAUUUAUAUUUUAA